AUGUGGGCGCGUUUCUGGUUUUCGGUGCCGGCCAAGAGGCCGCCGCCGCCGCCACCGUUUACACCUCCGCCUCCUCCUCCGGCGCCGCCUAAGUACGGCCCUCUUCCUGAGCCAUCGUCCGUCGCGUCGCUGUACGACCUCGCUGGUAAUUUCCUCGACCGCGCCAAGACAGUGCUGGACACCACCGGCGGACAGGCGGGUCUCGAUGCCAUCUCCUCCACGUCGGGCGCACGCCGUGCCGCGGCAGAGUUGACGGCCCCAGCCUCAGAUGCGGCCCCCGCGGCCACAAAAAGUGACUCGUGGACCCUGAGUUCGCGCGCCGUGCACUGGAUCAUCGUGGGGGCCGUGGUGGCCGCGGUGCUUCUGGUUUUGUGCAUGGUGGCCUGCUUCGUCCGGCGGAGAAGAAGACGGCGCCGGCGCCGGCCGGUGGUAUUGACACCACCUCAGCUGCCACUGCCAGCACCGAUGGUUUACCACAAAGGUUAUCCUAAAAUCAUACAUCGUGAUGUCAAGGCGUCCAACAUUCUUCUUGAUCAUAAUUUUGAGCCCAAGGUUGCAGAUUUUGGGUUAGCAAAGUAUCAACCAGGAGAUCACACUCAUGUUUCCACAAGAAUAAUGGGAACUUUUGGGUACAUAGCUCCAGAGUUCUUAUCUAGUGGAAAACUAACUGACAAAGCUGAUGUCUUCUCCUUUGGCGUUGUUCUCCUGGAGCUGAUUACUGGAAGGCUGCCGGUUCAGUCAUCUCAGUCCUACAUGGAUGACACAUUAGUUGGUUGGGCUAGGCCCUUGAUUCAGCAGGUUGCAGAGGAUGGCAGCCUUCAAACCCUUGUCGAUCCACGACUUGGAAGUGAUUACGAUCCAUCCAUAAUGAUGCGGAUGGUCGAGUGCGCUGCGGCUGCUGUGCGCCAAUCAGCGCUGCAGCGUCCAUCCAUGGUUCAGAUCCUUAAAUACCUGCAAGGGGAAACACGAGCAGAUGAUCUGAGUGGCGUUUUCAAAAUUACAACAGUAGAGGAGUCUUACAGCUCCAGCAUGGAAUCCGGUGAAUCCGUUGGACCGAGGCCAAGAAGAACGCAGCGGAGUCAGGGGAACACUAGCAACGACUACAACAGCGAACAGGCUCCGGGAGACAAACCAAACUGGAGCACUGGCAGCGUGUGGUGA